UAUGUUGUAAUAUGGCAUUUUUUUUCUGGCUUGGCUUCCCAGGUGACUUUUUUUUUUACCGACGCACAUCUACUUAUUAGUGUGAGCCCCUACCUGGGCUCGAACCAGGGACCCUCUGCACACAUCAACAACUGACACCCACGAAGCAUCGUUACCCAUCGCUCCACAAAAGCCGCGGCCCUUGAGCAAGAGGAACAACUACUUCAGGUCUCAGAGCGAGUAACGUCACCGAUUGAAACGCUUUCAGCGCGCACCACCGCUAACUAGCUAGCCAUUUCACAUCGGUUACACUAGCCUACUACCGAAUUCGUGUCAGUUGUUUAUGGCCUAAUGCAAAUAGGUGUGCAGCGUCAAUAGGAAAAGUCUAACUUGAUUUUUAGGGCAGUAUGCUAAUUACGGCCAAAAAAUAUCCAGUUAAACGUUCAUGACGUACCGUUACUGCGGACCCUGCUUUUCGUUGUGUGUUUUGACUACUCCCCUAUACAACCAUAAGAGGAGGAAGACUGUCACUGUUUAAAAAUAUCACAUUGUAAACAUGAGAAGCUUUCUGCAGUUGUAGGUUCUGUUGGUUCGGCGCAUUUUUUUAAAUCCGCGCCGGAACACGCAAAUCCAGCCCAUUUCAGUGCCCAUUUAUCACUCACCUACUUCAGGCUAGAAUGUCAACCAAUAAAAUUAUUUGCGACCCUUGUAAAGGGGUUUGGAAAUGCUGACCCGAGACGAGGCGUCUCGAAUCAGUCCCUUGGCCGACUAAAAAUAGCCCUGUCGCCGUCCUUCUAGAGGCUUGCUGGCGCUCCAAGAGGAGGCUACAGCUCCACUUUCCGUAUUGCCCUAAGAGAGUUAAAGAACUUCCAUAGCGGCAUCUGACCCGCCCCGUGACAUCACGACCCGAUCAUAAAUAAGAGAGGGACAUUGAGCAUGGUUCAGGACCACUCUCUCUCGGGAAUCCGGCUUCUUUAGUCUUUCUUUCUGCCCCGUGUCAACUCCUUCAUCUCCGUAAUGGCUGAUGCUGCUCCCGCUCCCGCUGAGGCAUCCGGCGCCUCCGCUUUUACGGCCGACCAGAUCGAGGACUUCAAAGAGGCUUUCGGGCUCUUCGACAGAGUCGGUGACAGCAUGAUUGGAUACAACCAGGUGGCUGAUAUCAUGCGCGCCCUGGGACAGAACCCCCAGAACAAGGAGGUUGCAGUGAUCCUGGGAAAACCAUCCCCCGAUGAUAUGGCCAACAAGAGGCUGGCCUUCGCCGAUUUCAUGCCCAUGAUGGAAAAAGUCGAUAAAAUAGUGAAGGGUACCCUUGAUGACUACGUUGAGGGUCUCCGCGUCUUCGACAAGGAGGGCAACGGCACCGUGUCUGGGGCUGAGCUGCGCAUCGUGCUGGGCACACUGGGUGAGAAGAUGUCCGAGACCGAGAUUGAUUCCCUCCUUAUAGGUCAGGAGGACGAAAACGGCAGCAUCAACUAUGAGGCUUUUGUCAAGCACGUCCUGUCUGUGUAAGAUAGUGCUGCGGCAACCAAAGCUUAUCUAUCUCCCAGACCCCAUGGUGUCAGGACUGUUUUUCUAAAGACCAACCUAGGAAAGAAAAGGACUAUAAUGGGAUGUCGAAAAGCCAUUCUGUGUCUGUUUUAUUUUCGUCCGUCAACUUUUCAACUCCUCACUCCUCUCUACGGAAGUUCCCUCUCCGCUGUCAGAUGACGACCCUCGCCUCGCCUCCACCUGGGGCAUGUUUCUCCACUUGGGGUGGGACGGUGACCACUCAUCAAGUGGGGGGGUUGUACCCUCUGCCCCGCCCACCUCAUGUCAUCAUCAUCUUGCCGGCAAUGCUGGCUGGAAAAGAUUGUGGAUUGGCCGCCAAGCCCCUCCCCCAUCAGUUAUAUUUAUUUUCACUCUGUCGUUUCAGAAUAAACUUUUCCAAAAGUACAUCCCCCA